AACGCUGUCCUAAGAAAACGAUUUCUUCCUUUCACUAGAGGUCUAGAACCACGCUUUUUUUAAGAUGGUAUUGCUCGAAACAGAAACGAAGUACAGUCCCUCUUUCACUCUUUAGCGCGUAUUUCUGGAAAAAACGGACAAAAUGGCGAAGAAGGAGACUGGAGCUUCUGACGUGCGAAUCGACAGCGUAGUAAUAACACCAUGGAAGGCCCUUCUAACGAACGUAACCUGCGGAGUAGGAUUAGGAGUAGCUUUCCAUGCUGCCAAUAAUUUCUACUCCAUCAAUUUGAUUCAAAAUCCGGCAAAAACCCUCCGUCUGAUCUGGGUUAUUGAAGCUCCAGUCGUGAUUCUGCUGUACAGUCUCUUUCGACAUCGUCCUAAUCAAUGCUCUUACUUGAAAGCCGUAGUACGAGGUUUGUUGGCACUACCUGCUGGGGCAGUAGUGAAUGCACUUGGAGCUAUAGCAUUGGGAGCACCCAUGAUUCAGAACUUCAACAGGACCCUCCACUGGUCUCUUCUGAUGUCAGUGCUUACUUGUGUCCCAGCAGCUUCUGUGUUUGGUUCUUCUUGGGCUGACUGGCACCGGAUAUUUGCUCACACAAAGCCAAGUGGACCUAUAGAGUACAUGAUCUGCCUACCUGCUCAUGGAGCUGUCAUUGGAGCAUGGUUUGGCGCUUGGCCAAUGCCACUUGACUGGGAAAGACCAUGGCAGGACUGGCCGGUUUGUGUGAGCUAUGGAGCUUUGGCUGGGUACUUUGUCGGGAUGGUGGCAGCUUUUGGUUUUGUCCUCUUCCUAAAUAAACGAAGGCAUGUAAAAGGAGACUAAUGAUGGAGAAUUCGACAUUAAUCUUAUUGGAGGUUGCUAUCGAUGACCCUAUUGAUAGACUGAGUUGCAUCCAGCUGACCAUAGGACCUCACCUGCUGAGCGGAGGUUUUGUAAUUUUUUCCCAGUAACACUACAAAACUCAUCCCUCCCCAGAACUUUUCUUUUUGGCCGGGCAAUGCAAUUUGCAGAAACUUAGAAGUACCUUUGGUUCCCACUGGAAGUUCAUUCUUUACCCUUUCUUUUCUCUUUCUUUUUCCCACUGUAACUCUAUUUCUUCCAUUAUGAUCUGCUACUGUCUUCUAAAGGGAAAAUCCUCGUCUGGUGUAUGCUGAGGUUGUGAACAAGAAGGAUGUUAUUCCUGAGAGAUUAGCAUCCAUGGCACACAUUCCUCAAUUUUUCGCUUUCCAUUGUGAAAAGCUUGAAUUACUGAGUCCUGGUUUUUGCUUACAGGUGAAGAUAUUUCACAGCCAUUGUUUAUGCUUUGUCUUUCAAAUAAA